CGGUCGGAUCUGAAGAUGGCGUCGCAGAGAGAAGCUGAUUUUCAUGCUGGUCGGAGCUGAACAGUUGUCAUCUUUGUGGCGGCUCAGCAGCUGACUGCCUCGUGCUGCGCUGAACUAGCAGUUCCAGGAACAACAAGUCGAGUCACGAUGAGUCUGACCUGCUCUGUUUGUCUGUCUUCAGAUUUGGUGAAGGAGACAUGUCGGAUCAUCAGACCAGUGCCGUGCUGCGAGCUUCCCAUCUGCCUCUGGUCCGCUCGGCGUUACAGUCCGUGACAUCAGCGUACUCAGGCGCCAAAGGUCGUUACCCUCUGCUGGGCAUGAUGGGAGGAGCAGCCGAGGUCGGUGUUCGCAGCAUCUCCCACCUCGCCAUGACGAGAGCCACGCCCCUCCUCCAGACUCUGGAGCCGCAGAUUGAAGUUGCCAAUCAGUUUGCCCUCGUUGGUCUCGAUCGUCUGGAGAAGAACUUCCCGAUCUUGAACCAAUCAACAGAUGAGGUGGUGGGUCACCUGAAGGACGCCUUCUUCGUGACCCUGGACGACGUGCAGCUGUGGGCGAUGGACGGUCUGGAUGGAGCUCUCGAUCAGCUCGAGCGUCUCGCCGAUAACGCUCGGGCGGCUGUCCUGAUGCUGCAGGACACUCAGGUGGGCCGAGCCGCUGCGUCAGGGUUCGAUGACAUGCUGGGUCGCCUGGAGGACGCCACCGCCUACUACCUGCCCCUCCCACCCACACUGCGUCGGGAGUGGGAGAUGAGGGUCCAGGAGUACGAGGACGAAGACGAUGACGAUGACGAUGAGCCCAGUCUGUGGACGAGGGUCCGCAGCCUCCUGCUGAGUCUCAGCCUGCAGCUCUUCUACCGUCUGAUGAAGAUCAGGGAGCAGCUGCAGAGAGCCGCCAGGACGCUGGGAGACGCUGCUGACGUGGUGGGUCUGGGUAAGGUCCUGCAGGUGGUUGGUGAGCUGCUGCAGUACCUGCAGGGUCUCCUGGUGGCACUGGUGUACCGGGCAGAGGGUCUCAGAGAGUUGAUCCUGAACGGGGUCAAAAGUCAGGCCGCCCUGUUGGCUGAGAUGCGUCCUGUGCGUCAAAUCAGAGAGCUGCCGGCUCAGAUCCAGCAGAUGCUCCAAGAUCUGCAGGAACUCUCCAAGAUCCUCCUGCAGCUGCUGAUCAAUGCCACACCGCUUUACAACAUGCUGCAGCAGCCGUCUCAUCAGGAUGUCGAGGACUUCCUGAACCAGGAGGACUUCAUGACUGACAGCUCGUCUCGUCGCAGUUCAGCUAACAGUCUCUUCCUGAAGGCGAUGGACGGCCGUCCUCGCCGUCGCCGCAGUCUCUACUCCCGAGCCUCUGCCUCCCGAGGCCCCGGGGCACCCCAGAGCCCCGACCCCCCCAACGGCCGGCGCUCCAGCCUGAAGGACACCCCGGCCCUGGAGGUGGAGGGCAUGCCCCUCCCUUCCGAUGGCUUUUCUGCCAACCGCCGCCCGUCCGCCGCCGAGAUGCUCUUCGCUCCGCUCAAACAGUUUGUCUCUCAAAGCCAGAAGGCCUUCGAGUACCUGAGCCCCAACGCCUCCGACAACGCCGCCAACGACACGGCAGCGGCCGAUUCUUAAACACCACGCUGAGGUGUGACCUCACCAUCACCGACAACGCAUCACUGCUGCCGGUCCCGACCUCCCACCAAUCACAGCCUCUUAUCUCAGCCCUCGAUGACGCGUCGUUGCUGCCUCAGCUGGUGUUAGUUUGCGCGUUCGUGUUCACCAACAGAGCGAUCGGAAGAUUAGUUUAACUCUCAGAGAAAGAUGUUGAUUCAGACAUCAAGUUUCAUUUCACCGGAGACAAAUUCAGUUAUUUAAACUUUAAUGAUCGACGGCUCACACGCCGACUUUCAUCGAUAAAUAAUGAAUCACUUAUAUGAUCUGAAAGCCACUUCAUAAUAAAUCAUGUCUUCGCUUCAGUGACACAUCUCACAGCCCUCAUCCAUCAGGAUUUGCUCCAAAAGUCCCUGAUGAAGUCCAUGAGAUGUGGCUGAGAGCUUCAGGAACAAGAUUCUUAUCUUCUUUUUAUACAUAUUAUUUUGGCCCUCAUGGCCGCCGUACUCAGCUGAUGAAGCAUGUGUUAGCAGGUCAGUGAGCUGUGAUGAAGGUGUUGCAGGUCUGAUGUUUCUUACAGAUGUAAAGAAACAGAUAAAUUAAAGAAUCCAGCAGUGAAAAGUGACGGAUUGUUCCUCUGAAUGUCAAUAGCUGAACUUGUUCAAACAUCUCCAGGUGAUCAUUUAUCACCAAACAAGUAAAAUAUGAAUCUAUUAUAAUUAUUGAUAAUUUAACAGAAUGUCUCUGAAACACUGUAAAAAAUAA